AUAUAUAUAUACCAACUCUCUCAUCUCCAAUCCUGAGGUUAAAGAGACGGCAAAGAAUCGCUGUCCGCUUCGACUAAGCCACUGCUUCGUCUUGGUCCUCGGUUUUGCUCCCUUCUCUCGCACUCUCAAACCCUAACCCUAGAUUCUCGUAAUUCAGCAACAAUGGUGAAACCUACCAAGGCCGAGAAGAAGAUCGCUUACGACGCCAAGCUAUGCCAGCUUCUCGAUGACUACACCCAGAUCCUCGUCGUCAACGCUGACAACGUCGGCUCCAAUCAGCUGCAGAACAUUCGCCGUGGUCUCCGUGGCGAUUCGGUGGUUCUUAUGGGGAAGAACACUAUGAUGAAGCGUACUGUGAGGAUUCACGCUGAGAAGUCCGGCAACAAUGUCUAUCUCAACCUUAUCCCCCUCCUUGUUGGAAAUGUUGGGUUGAUCUUCACAAAAGGUGACUUGAAGGAGGUUAGCGAGGAGGUUGCUAAGUACAAGGUUGGAGCUCCUGCUCGUGUUGGUUUGGUUGCUCCAAUUGAUGUGGUUGUUCCUCCUGGCAACACAGGGCUCGACCCCUCUCAGACUUCUUUCUUCCAGGUGCUCAACAUUCCUACCAAGAUUAACAAGGGUACUGUGGAAAUCAUUACCCCUGUUGAACUUAUUAAGAAGGGGGACAAGGUUGGCUCUUCUGAAGCUGCAUUGCUUGCCAAGCUAGGCAUUAGGCCCUUCUCAUAUGGGCUUGUGGUCCUCUCUGUUUAUGACAAUGGUUCUGUGUUCAGCCCUGAGGUUCUUGAUCUUACUGAGGAUGACCUUGUUGGGAAGUUUGCCAUUGGUGUUUCAAUGGUCACUGCCCUCUCAUUGGCCAUCUCAUUCCCAACACUGGCAGCUGCACCACAUAUGUUUGUCAAUGCGUAUAAGAAUAUUCUUGCUGUUGCACUUGCCACUGAAUAUUCUUUCCCUCAGGCUGAUGAGGUUAAGGAGUACUUGAAGGACCCAAGCAAGUUUGCUGUAGCUGCCACUGCUGCUGCCCCCGCUGCUGCUGCCGCUCCAGCUGCCGCUGCUGCUAAGGAGGAGGAAAAGAAGGAGGACCCUGCAGAAGAAUCUGAUGAAGACGGCUUGGGUUUCGGUCUAUUUGAUGAAUAGUUCACCUGCUUUAUUGAGUUGUUUCAUUCGUACUUUAUUUUUGUUCUUUUAGAUUUGAUGUUAUACAUUCCUCAUUUUAGGUACUUAUCUUAUUGUUUUCCAUUUAAUAUUUUACCUUACGACUCCUUUUAAAAUGGUAAAUUUCUUAGUUUCUAAGUGAUUUUGGCUCAA